UCCCCCGGCCGGCUUCCCCCUUGUCUGUACGCAAACCGGAGACUCAUUCGGGUUCCCGUCGAUCUGAGCGCCGAACUGAGCGUGUCCGGCUUGCUAUCCUCUGGACCCUCGAGGAAGCACUGAGACAGCCGAAUCCAUUCUCCCCAGACUAUAUCGAAGAGAACGCUUCAAUGUCGGAUCUCCUUGGUGGCGCGCCUGCCACAUCCAACGGAAAUGGCCAGCGGCCCACCGAAGCCCCGGCACAGACCGGAUCUCCCCAAAUCCGUGGUCCUAGGAUGAUCAUGCGUGAGCGUCUCGAACGCGAGGCGCGUCAAAAGGCGGAGCGGGAACAGAUGGAGCGUAUUCGUGCGGAAGAAGAGGUACGCCUACAUGAAGAGACACGGCGGAGAGUGGCAGAUCGUAGAGCGUCGGCUGCUGGCGCUGGUCAAGGCGGUGACACGCCGCUAGAUCCACAAUCACAACGGAGACGAGAACGUGCGCUGGAGGCCCAAGGAGUCCAGCGCGUUCCAAAUCCAAUCCCUUUACCCUCAACACAACAACAACCCACGGCCGCUCCGCCACCCCUUCGGCCAACCCGAGUGCCCACGUCACAGACGCCACAAGGGAUUCCCGUUUCGCAACAGCCUGGGAUGGGCGGUUCGGGUCCCGCACAAACAGGCGAGCCGUCAACGCAAGCACCUGGCGCAACCAGAUCCAAGAACUCGUUCCCUCAUGCUUUCGAAAGGUGGGAGGCUCUGUCAGCCCACUGGGAAGGUAUGACGGGCUUUUGGAUCCGGAAAAUGCAGGAGAGCAAAGACGAGAUAGACCGAGACCCGAUCUCUGCUCAGCUUUCAAGACAGGUUGCCGAUCUCUCAGCGGCAGGUGCGAAUCUUUUCCAUGCCGUGGUGGAAUUGCAGCGGCUGCGGGCGAGUUCUGAGCGGAAAUUUCAGAGGUGGUUUUUCGAAACACGGGCGGAUCUGGAGCGCAACCAAGAGGUUACGGCAAUGCUAGAAGCUCAAAUGGAACAAGAGAGGCAGGCCAGGUCCGAUGCGGUCCGAGAGGCACAACAGCAUGAACGAGAGAAUGCCAAGACGCAGAAGCUGCUCGCCGAGAUGCGGAAGGAGCUGUUGAUCUCUAAGGAGGAAGCUCGGAGGGCAUGGGAAGAGCUUGGACGCCGCGAGCAGGAAGAGCGUGAGAAAACAGUAUCACUCCAGCAAGGCCACCCGACACUUGUUGGGGGCGUCCAGGUCGUGCCCAUGACCCAGGGUGUUCCAAGCCGACAGACAAGCACCACGACACGCGACUACCAGCCGCGUACCCAAGCUACCGAUACAUCCGACUAUAUCGCAGCUCAAGUCCCCCAGUACCCUGAAUAUACUCAGGCACCUGCCGUCCAGCCCAGCGCGGCCGUUACAGCUGCAGGAGGAUCCGGUGGCGCCUCGUACUAUCAACAGCCACCCGAAGCGACAGGUCAUGAGGCAGCCAGCUAUGGCCCCGGUGGCUCCGAGGCAGGAUAUAGCGAGGAGGACUAUGAGGCCCAAACACCGGCAUCCCAAGCCCCUACGAGCUACCCCCCGUCAAGCUCGCAAUGGGCCGGCGCGUACACCGGCGCACCAGAAUAUUCCGGCCAGGGGUAUGCUGCACCGGGGUGGGAGACAAUGCCACGGCACCAUCACCCAACCAGAUUGAGCGAUGUCAUCGAGGAGGACGACGAACGGAGUCGCACCUCGGCAAGUCAAGUCAGCAGGGCGUGAUAGGCCAGCUCAGAAAUCGUUAGACCUUGCGCAGCUGCUAGCCCACGGGCGAUGACCUUGAUAACGGGAUCAGCAACAGCUCUUUCAUAAUCGGCA